AUGACCACCACUACCGAUGGAUUCGGGACCCAGAGGGUUGAGCGUCCUUACAGCCUAGGCACCGAGCGGGCCGAUCUUUACAGUGGGACUGGCCUGGUCGCUCCCCCCAAAGACUUGUUGGCUUCCAGUGGAGAUGGUGACCUCAUUCCAACUAACGUGACCUCGCCCAAUAUAGAGGAGACUAUCUUCUCUGAACAAGAAUCUCUCCAGACCAUAAUCCCCUUAUUAACUCCCCCAAUGGUGACCUGCGACGAUUUUGCACUGGCCUUUGAUAUCGAUGGCGUCCUUAUGCGGGGUGGCCAGCCCAUCCCCGAGGCUGUCGAUGCCAUGAAAUACAUCAAUGGUGAUAAUCCAUACAGAUUAAAAAUUCCAUAUAUCUUUUUAACAAAUGGUGGUGGAAAAACCGAGCAACAGCGAUGCGAUGAUCUCAGUCGCCAACUCAACGUUGAGAUUAGCCCCGGUCAAUUCAUUUGCGGCCACACACCGAUGCGCGAAAUGGCCGAGAAGUACAACACUGUUCUAGUUGUGGGCGGCGAAGGCGAACAAUGUCGAAUCGUGGCUGAAAAAUACGGAUUCAAGGAUGUCAUCACUCCUGGCGAUAUUAUCAAGACCCGACAAGACACCACUCCCUUCCGAAAGUUGACCGACGAAGAAUAUCAGAAUUCAAGAAUGUUGGAUUUAGAUAAAACACAUAUCGAGGCAAUUUUUGUAUUUGCCGAUAGUCGCGACUGGGCUGGCGAUCAGCAAAUCAUUUUGGAUUGUCUCAUGUCUAAGGAUGGCCAUCUCAAUAUACGAUCAGAGACACAUGACGAGGGACCCCCCAUAUACUUUUCCCACAAUGAUGUUGUGUGGUCCACCUCGCAUGAUUACUCGCGCAUUGGCAUGGGCGCACUCCGAGCUUCCCUUGAAGCCUUGUACAAGGCUGUCUCUGGAAAGGACCUCAAUUCAAUCGCAUUUGGCAAGCCGCAAGUAGGCACCUUCCAAUUUGCCACACGCCUACUGCAAAAAUGGCGCAGUGAAUCUCAUGGCAUUGAUAAGCCCCCAUCCACAGUGUACUUCUUUGGUGAUACACCUGAGUCUGAUAUACGUGGAACGAACGAGUACAAUGAGAUCGCGGAGAAUGAUUGGUUCUCUAUCCUGGUCAAAACUGGAGUUUAUCAGGAUGAUACCACACCUCGCUUCGAGCCCAGGAAGAUCUGUGACAACAUUUUCGAUGCCGUCAAGUUUGCAGUUGACCGCCAGCAGGAGAAUGCAUUAAAGAAUAGCACUGUUGAGGAUCUGAACAACGUUGACCCAAGCCAAGUGCGAAAUUGA